AGAAUUUCCAUGUUGAAAUCAUUACCUGCCUUACAACAAGUGAUCAGAAGCGCUUCCGCCAGUGCAUCUGAUGAAUGUGAAAGUGCUCUAUCUUGGUUAGUGAAGGCAGCUUCUUCUAAGACUGUUUCGAUUGAGGAGCAUAAAGUUUUUCAAAAUGAAAGACCUUGGGCUACAGCACCCAUUAUCAUUGCCCAUGGAAAAGUAGCAGAAUCUGAAGGCAAAGCUAGCGGAUUGGUCAGAUGGUUACACAAUCCGGAGAGAGAUAUCAACAUUGAGUUCAGUAAUCAUAACAACAUGUAUUCAGUCCAAGUCCGAGCAGUGUACUAUGCUAUUAUCAGUGCAAUGUUCCAUCGCGCUUCACAUGCAAUAAUCUAUUCAACGAAUGAGAUCGUGGUUAAGGUUGGAAAUGGUAUAUAUACCCCAAAAAAGGAACUGAAUCUAUUCCAAAAGAUAAGGAAAAGAACGUCAUUGAGUGAGGAGGAUCGUGGCACUCGGGUGAAGCUUCACGUACUCGAUGAGGAUGCCUUGGAAACGUUGGGGCUAACACUUGAAAAUGCUACAAGUCGUGAGGACGUUCCACUUUGUUCCGAGGGAGAUUUUCGGGAAAGCCAUUCUAGCGAAAGAACACUUCCACUAUUCCAAGCGUUAUUGCGACCCAUCCCUCGUUCGCUGAUUUGGGCGGAAUGCAGUCUGAGUAGCUCGACGGCUGCGACGUCAACUGAACCGCUUCAUGAAGUUUGCACUACCGGUUAUUCCUUCAAGACUGCCAGUGGUCUUGUGUCCAAAUAUGGAGUAUACUGGGGUCAAAGCAAUCCUCAUAAUUUAAUUUGUGAGGUUCCUGGUGUCACACAUGUCGCUGCCAUGCUGAUGGCCAUGAUUGAAGCAGCUCGCAGUGCAAAGAAGGAAAACCUAGCUGGAAAAAUUGUGAUAUACACAGACUAUAAUUGUCCAUCUGGGUUUCAUCACAAGUUGAGCGUAUAUGCAUCGAGGGAUUUCCAUUCAUAUUAUGGCCCCAAGAUGAAGCAUGCCAAAUUGUUAAGAGAGUUGUAUGAGCUAACAAAAGAUAUGGACGUCACCUUCAAGUAUAGACCGGCCGUGGUAGACAAGAAACCUAAUUACGUGAUGGCAAGUAUUCUACAAGACGGCACUUUUGUGCAGAAAUCUUCUUCAUCAGAUGGAAGCGUCUUUUCGGGAAUAGACAUUGGUGACGAGGUUGAUGCGGAUGGAAAUACUCCUAGCACUUCGUCAGCUGGUUGGCCUGAGGUUUACACAACAGCUAUGUACAAAGCUCAGAAAAACGGGUUUACGGCAGCAUCUUUCGCCGCAGUGUGGUCUGACAAGCGAUUUGGUGUUGACAUUAUGGAGCGGUUGGCUAUGGUGCCAGCCACUUUGGUCCGUGCUCAAUUAGCAGCUAUCGAAGCUGCAUUGAAGGAGGCUGUGGAAAAUUUUUUGCCCCAUGUGGUCGUAAUAACCGACUCGCAAGUGUUCAUCCACAACUGGAAGAAUAAGUAA